CUGUCUCUCUCUGUGUCCGCGCUCGCUGAUCCCCGUCCGCCACCAACAUGUCGACCUUGAAGGAGAUCUUGACCCGCCGCCCCGUGGCGGCGACGAUCAGGCUCACCGUCCCCGCCGGCGAGGCCCGGCCGAUGCCGCCGGUGGGGCCGGCGCUCGGCCAGUACAGGCUGAACUUGAUGGCGUUCUGCAAGGACUUCAACGCCCGGACGCAGAAGUACAAGAAGGACACGCCCAUGUCCGUCACCGUCACCGCCUUCAAGGACAACACCUUCGAGUUCACAGUCAAGUCGCCGAGCGUCACGUGGUACCUGAAGAAGGCCGCCGGGGUCGAGUCCGGCAGCGGCCGGCCGGGCCACGAGGUAGCGUCCACGAUCGGGCUGAAGCACGUCUACGAGAUCGCGAAGGUGAAGCAGUCGGAUCCCUACUGCCAGUACAUGUCCCUGGAGUCGAUAUGUAAGUCCAUCAUCGGGACUGCGAAUUCCAUGGGGAUUCAGGUCGUGAAGGCGCUGGAGUGAGUUCGGGAUAAAGCGAUUUUUGCAGAUGGGUCGGGGUAAUUCGUUGGUUCAGGAGGAAUGCCUGGCGUUUGAGGAGACAAGGAAAUGCAUUAAGCGAAAUGUUCGAUGUAAUUCAUGUUUUGAUGAAUUGGGAAGAUGCUAUUGCGUGUUUUCUUCUUGAUACUGAGGUUUUAUGCCAUUCAGAACAUUAAGGUUUGAUGUUGAUUUAGCGUUUGAUUCAGAGAGCAUGUUGGGUCA